UACUUUGCGUGAAAAGCAAUUAUGAAGAUAGACUGAUAUUAGAUGAGGGGGAGCUCGGUUUAAGAAGAGUUGGAGAAGGGUUAGAAAUCAAGGACCUAGCUACGGAUGGUUAACGUAAGACUAAGAUACCUACUCACUUGCCCCGUUGUCGGGGUUCGGAGUUUAGAUACACCUUGUGGUCCAUCUGGACUAGUAUGCUCCAAGGUGGGGUGUUUCACAUGUAGGGGAAGGGCCCGUCAGUAUGAAUCGGUAAGCUGGAUUUGGGGCCGAAUCAUGUCGAGGAUGUCUCAAUGGAUGACCAUUUUAGAUAUGGCCGUAUUUUGGGAGAUGGAAAGAUCGUGCAAGGAGAAACGCGGAACAAUCGGGAACGGCUCCACAAAUCGUGACCAGAAAGUCCGCCGCAACGUCAAAUAUUUCGGACUGACACCAGAAGACGAAGGCAAGAAGGCUCCCCGUCAGCCGUACAUGUUCGCAAGGGGUGCCUUUCUCUGCUCACCUUUACAUACAAUCAGUCCGGACAAAGUCGUAUGCUGCUCACUGUUCCGAUCCUGUGCUGUAAUUCAUGGGUCUUGAGCCUAGUAGAUAGGCUUAUUUUAGGCCUCAAUGAACGUCUAUCGCUAACUUAAAGACAUUGUGAAUGUCUAAUGCGCUGCCCGAUGGGGUAUAAUAACCGCAGAUUGAUGGUGCUGACAGAAUGUCAAGCAACGGCCGAAUCAUCCUCCAUGUCGAGAUCAGAGAUCUCAUUGUCUCGAAAGAGGGGAU